AUGUCUGAGCCCAUCAGAAACAAGAAGGCCGAUUUCCCGGUCGCACCGACCCCGCAAAACACACCGGCCAACAAUGCUCCUAUUUCCUCUCACGCUCAACAGCCUGGUGUCUCCAGCAUCAAGGAGGAGUCCCUUGACAAUGCCACCGCUGCCUCUCUUUUCGCCCGCAACCCUGCCCUGGUCUCUAUGAUCCAAGGCAAGCUCGGUCAACUCGUCGGUCGCUCUUCCGGCUACAUCGAAUCUCUCCCUCCUUCCGUCCGCCGCCGUGUUGCUGGCCUGAAGGGUGUCCAAAAGGAGCACGCCAAGCUCGAGGCUCAGUUCCAGGAGGAAGUUCUGGAACUUGAGAAGAAGUUCUUCGCCAAGUUCACCCCACUCUAUGAGCGUCGUUCCACGAUAAUCAACGGCGGUGUGGAGCCGACCGAGGCCGAGGUGGAGGCCGGAAAGGAGGAUGAGGAAGAGGAGGAGACUAAGGAGAUCAAGAAGGAGGCCGGUGAGACUGAGGCUGAGCCCAUGGCCGGUAUCCCCGAGUUCUGGCUCUCCGCCAUGAAGAACCAGAUCUCUCUUGCCGAGAUGAUUACCGAGCGUGAUGAGGACGCCCUGAAGCACCUCACCGACAUUCGCAUGGAGUACCUUGACCGCCCCGGAUUCCGUCUCAUUUUCGAGUUCUCUGAGAACGAGUUCUUCACCAACAAAACCAUCUCCAAGUCAUACUUCUACAAGGAUGAGAAUGGAUACGGCGGUGAUUUCAUUUACGAUCACGCCGAGGGCUCCGAGAUCGACUGGAAGGAAGACAAGGACCUGACCCUUCGUCUGGAGAGCAAGAAGCAGCGCAACAAGAGUAAGCUUACGUGGACAUCUAACCGUGAUCGUCGAACUGACCACCUUCCCCUAGGCACCAAGCAGACCCGCGUUGUGAAGAUCAGCGUGCCCACCGAAUCCUUCUUCAACUUCUUCUCCCCUCCACAGCCCCCCACCGAAGAUGACGAGUCUGUCGCUAGCGAUAUCGAGGAGCGCCUCGAGCUUGACUACCAGCUCGGUGAAGACAUCAAGGAGAAGCUGAUCCCCCGUGCCAUCGACUGGUUCACCGGUGAGGCUCUUCAGUUCGAGGAGCUCGGUGAUGACAUGGAGGGUGACGAAUUCGAGGACGAGGACGAUGAGGAUGAGGAUGACGAGGACGAGGAUGAGGACGACCACGGCUCGGACCGUGAUGUCGAGGAGGACUCAGAUGAAGAGGAUGGAACCUCCAAGCCCAAGAAGGAGGCCGCCGAGUGCAAGCAAAACUAA